AUGAGGCGGGAUCUCCGCAUAUCCUCCAAUUUCCCUAUUAUCCAAUUCACGAUCCCAGAAAAAUUUGUUGACGCGAAACUCUCUGGACUUCAUGGGGAAGAGGAGGAGUUGAUCCGUCGCGGUCUUGAGACAGCAAAUCGACUGACGGAAUGGUAUAGAGAAAGAAAAGAAACGAUUGAGAGAAGGCAACGACUUCUUGAUAAAGGAUGUGUAUCUCUGGAUACGGCUGUACACGAGCAAAAGUUGAAUUUUCUGAGAGCUCACGUGACAGAGUUGAAUCGACGAAUGGUUGCUUUGAUGGAGACAAGUGAAAAGGGAUUCCCAACACAUGUCAAUCUAAACAAGGGUCACAUGCCUCAACCCAAUGACGAUCAACUCGUUUGGCUUCACCGUCAAAAUCAACUUCUCAGCAGUGAAGUCACCGAGAAAAACAAGCAACUUGAUGAGUUGAAGCGAGCCAGUCAAAGUCUUUCUCAUCUCUCAUUGAACAGUCAUAGAAUGUCCCAAAUGUCAAAUCAUAGACCAUCGACCGUUCAAAUCCGUCCCUCAGCUUUCGUCCGUCCAGCCACUCAUUCAAUCUCUCCUCAACAUCACUCAAUCUCCGCUUCACCCAUCAAAAUUUAUGAUACUCUCAUG